AUGCGCUCGCUCACGUCCGACGAGCAGGCGACGAUAUCCUUGUUCAAAGAGAACACCCCCUCGGUGGUGUACAUCACGAACUUAGCGCAGCGACGCGACGUGUUCACGCUGAACAUCACAGAAGCGCCGCAGGGCGCCGGGAGCGGGAUCGUGUGGGACGACGACGGGCACAUCAUCACCAACUACCACGUCAUCGCGCGCGCGAACCAAGUGCGCGUGACGUUCCAGGAUCAGACCGUCUACCCAGCGACGGUGGUCGGUUUCGACGAGGACAAAGACAUCGCGAACACGUCGUUGAAGUCGGCGAGCGGGAAGGCGGAGAUUCGACCGGUCCCGCUCGGCACGUCGUCCGACCUCCAAGUCGGGCAACGCGUCUUCGCGAUCGGGAACCCGUUCGGCCUGGACCACACGCUCACGACCGGCGUGAUCAGCGGCCUCGGCCGAGAGAUCCAGUCCGGGAACACGGGACGCCCGAUCGACGGGAUCAUUCAGACCGACGCGGCGAUCAACCCCGGGAACAGCGGCGGGCCGCUGCUCGACAGCGCGGGACGGCUCAUCGGCAUCAACACCGCUAUCUACAGCACGUCCGGGUCUUCCUCCGGCGUCGGGUUCGCGCUGCCGUCGGACAUGGUCUCCGGGAUCGUGAGCCAGAUCAUCACCUCCGGGAGGGUGACGCGGCCGAUCCUCGGCAUCACGUUCGCGCCGGAUCAAGCCGUCGAGCAGCUCGGGUUGGGCGGCGUCUUGGUGUUGGACGCGAGGGAGAAGGGGCCGGCGUGGCGCGCGGGGGUGAAGUCCACGUCGAGGGACGAGAGCGGGCGGCUCAUCCUCGGCGACGUCAUCGUCGAGCUGAACGGCGCGCUCAUCAAGAACUCGAGCGACUUGUACCGGACGUUGGACAAACUCACGGUCGGUCAGGAGAUCUCCAUGAAGGUGAUGCGCGGGGAAAAUAAAGUCGACCUCGGUCUCACCUUGGACGACCGUCCGAACGAGCAGUCGACGCAAGGGAUGUUUAUCUUCCCGGGGAUGGCUCCGGGGGAGGGGAUUCCGAUUCCCCCGGGCGGGAUUCCCAUCCCCGGUCUCCCGGGACCGGGGUACGAAGAGGACGAGGACGAGGGAGGACAGUUCCUCGCGCCUCCGUACUGA